AUAUUUAUUUUCUUGGUGAGGCCGUGCAUCGACUGUCGACGUACAGCCGUUGAAAUCAUCAAAGUUGAAAUCAUCAACAGUUCUCGCGGCUCGCAUCCCGCCAACUCACAAACUUCGGACGUAUGGAAUAUUUACGAGGCGAUACAUUUAAUUUAGUGAAGAGUUGCGAGCGACGUCAUCGCGGUUUUUCCGCGUAAAGACGAGGCAGGUGUGGAAAGGGCGAUAGCCGGAAAAUAUCGAGCCGAGCAUCUUCUUAAUUUUGUAUGCUCAUCAAGAUAAAAUAAAGAUAAGAUAUAAUAGAAAGAGACUCAGCUAAGGGGCAGAGCGUGCGCUUGCGACUUUAGGUGUAAUAGCGGCGCUGGUUUUCACCGUUUUUUGCAAUGCCAUUUGUAUUUCGCGGAACGCGCGUUAGAAUGACUUCCGCGAGGAGUGACUAUGCGCUGUCGCGAAAGGUUGAGCGAAACUGGUUCGCCGAGCGUCUUACGAUGUAUCCAAGGUCGGCCUCCUUCCGCCCUUGCAUUUUUGGAGCUUUGUGCGUGCGCGCGAAUCGGCCGAGCGGAGGCCGAUAGCGAGCCGGUGCCGCGUGAUCGGAUCGCAAUGGGGGGACCUUUCACGCGAACUCGAUGUCGGAGAGAUGCAGGUGGAAAAUUUUUCAGCGGCCCAUUGGAUUUUCGGAGCGCUCGGUAGAGGCUCUUUUUUUUCUUUUUGCAAAAAUUUCAUUCUCGAGACGAUCGGCUCCAACCUCAUUUUCUCCCGAGCAAUUAAGAUAGGAGCCUCGUCCGCUUGCUUUGCGACGUCACCGUCGCGCUUUUCCCGCGUGCGCUCAGAACCAGUUUUCUCGGAAAUUGGUCUACUUCGCGUUGUUCAACGAAAGUUCGUCGACUCGCAGUGGCUCGCCGCGCGCGCAUCCUCUUUCUUUUCGUUUUCGUCUUGUUCGCCACUCGUUUCGCGCGCGACCAACGAACGUCCGCAGUUACACAUCCACGACAGUGGCAUACGAACGUCCUACGUAAAAGCACAAGUUAUUGCAUCAUGUUCUCGAAAUUACUAAUUAAAGUCAUUGCACAGAAUUAAUUUCAUGAACCGAACGAUAUAGCGCGAUCUAUAUAUAGUUUGAUCGUCGAAACAUUCCGUCCGUCGGCGCAGACGCGCGCGCUCGCCCCGCCAGCGACGAACGACAGCCGCCGUCCGUCCGUCUCACCUGAGCACGCGAAAACGCGGGAGUCGGAUUAGCUUGGACUGCCUCGAAUUGCCUCGCGAACGCAGAGCAAAGACAAAUAAAAAAAUAAAUACAUCGACGAAUCGACUCGUUCGGCCACGCGCGAUUAGCCGCCUUGAAACUGUUUCCCUCCCUCUCUCCCUCUCGAUUAGUUGUUUCCUGCCACCGCGAUAGAUAGCGCGCCACGAAACCGAUUAAAAAUUCACGGACUCGCGGCGGCUAAUCGCAAUCGACACACGUGCCUCGCCAUGGGAAAUCACUUCGCUCGUCGUUAUGUCAUACGUCGUCAUCGCUGCGCAAAUCACGCCGUCCCUUUAUCGCAUAUCUGCCGCGCUAAGCAGCGCUCGCCGAAGAAGGAAACGUUCCCCAUCGCUCACCAGAUCGGCGGCAAGAAGAAGAAGCAGCCGUAAUACGGACGAGAUGCAGCAGAGCCAGGACAAGGACGUGGUGAUAAUAGGCAAUGGGCCGAGCGGCAUUUGUCUGUCGUACCUGCUGGCGGGCAACUGGCCGCACUACACGGGCUCGGCCCAUCCCGGGGACGAGAUGCUGACGGCGCGGCUGCGUUACAGCGUGGCCACGCAGACCAGCGCCGACGACUCGGCGGUCGCGUGCCCCGUCUGUCGCGGUACCGUCAGCUCCGCCACGGCGGAGGCCAGCGCCCACCCAAGCGCCUGCCUCGCCAAGUUCAGCGCGCGGCCGGAUCUGGAGUUCCUCGCGGCCGGCCUCGAGGGCAGAAACGGCGGCAAGCCGCUGUCGCUGCUGAUGGACAAGCUGCAGCAUCCUUGCCUCGACGCGGGCAUGGACGAGGAGUCGCUGCUCCAUUGGACACCGCCGGAGGAGCACGCGGAGCACCGGGUCACCGACCACGUGGUGCUCGGCAAAGGACCUCCUGGCGGCGCCUGGCACGCGCUAGAUCCGAACGUGUUGACGAUAAGCCUGAACCGGUGGAUGUCUCUGCCAGGCCUUGACCUGCGAAACUGGGCAGAGGGCCUUGAGGCCGACGAGCGCGAGCGCAAGCUCGUCGGCUGCGACAGAGAGGUGCCGAUCGGCGCCGGCUACAACGCCGCCAGAGUACCCAUCGGCACCGUAGCCGCCUACUACGAGGACUAUGUGCGCAAGAUGGGACUCGGCAAGUACUUCCGCUGCGGCACAGUGGUGACGUCGGUGAAGCCCGGUGCGGAGGGCUCCGGCAGCGCCGACUACGGCUGGAAAGUGCAAGGCUACGAGACCGAGACGGGCAAGCAGUUCGAGUACCGCUGCAGGAGGGUGGUCCUGGCGACCGGCACCACGGACUCGUCCAACCGACUGGGCGUCUCCGGCGAGCAGACCUACAACUGGGUCACGCACGACUUCAAGGACUUGGAGAGGAAACUCGACAAACUCGGCUGCAAGAUCAGCGACAACUACGACUCGGAGCAGAUCGUCAAGUCGUCGUCGCUGGAGCCCGUGCUGAUCGUGGGCUCGGGCCUGAGCGCCGCCGACGCGAUAAUGGCAGCGAGGGGCCGCGGCGUGGCGGUGCUGCACGUGUUCCGCAACAGCUCUCAGGACAGGAGCGCCGAGACGACAAGGAGGAGCCUCGACAGGCUGCAGUGGCUACCCGCCUCCGUCUAUCCCGAGUACCACGCAGUCUACGAGAUGAUGGCCGACCGGGGCAGGCAUUACCCGCUAUACAAGUCGCUGCCGGACCACGUCGUCGUCGACUUCAGCGCCGGCGCGGACAAGCUCACGCGGACGAAGACGAGGAAGGUGACAUUGUGCACCCCCCAGGGGAGACUCGUCUCCUACAGAGUGUCCUUCGCCGCCGUGCUCAUUGGUUCCAAGCCAGACCUGUCGUUCCUGCAGAGGUGCGGCUCGGGCCUGGGCAAGCUGCACGACAAGCCCAUCGACAGCCGCUCGAAUCAAAUCGAGGUCGAUCCGUUCAGCUACGAGGUUGAGAAGGCACCGCGCAAAGGCCUCUACGCUAUUGGCCCUCUUGCCGGUGACAACUUCGUUCGCUUCAUCCUGGGCGGCGCGUUCGGCGUUCUCGCCAGCAUCGUCAACUCCGAGAAAGAACACAACACCUACACGCACUCACACGCGCACACGCUGUCCUAACUCUAUUGUACAUAUAUAAUACGCGCGCGAUCGUAUUUUUGUAUUAUCAUUUUUCUAAAUGUCGACUGGUCGAGGAGAGAAUGAGAGAUUGUCACUUCCAGCCUUCAAAAGUGUUGCACAAAACGAGCAAUUUUUAUGUUGUUCUUUUCGCAUUUUUGAGCUUUAUUACUACUUCCUGCGCUUAACCGUCCGAGCAAUCGAGCAUCUUGUAAUUCUCAUCUUGACGAUCAAUACGUAUUUUCGAAAACGCCCUCGAUUGUGUGUGUGAUUAUUUAUUUUACGAGAUUGUGUUCAGUUUUUCCGAUUUUAUACAUUCUUUGCAAAAUUAUUAUUUUGCAUUUUUAUGCUAUUCUACGUAUUAUCAGGUGAUGUAUUUAUGUGCUAUUCUUUCUAUCUUUGUUAAAACCUCGAAAUUUCAUUGCAUCAUAAUGAUGAUCUGCAAAUUCAAAGAACAACUCGAGAAAAAAUCUCUCUCGACGUCAAUUCUCAUUAAUUAUUCACUAAGCGUGAAAACCAUUUUAACGAUAUAACGACAAAGAAGAUGUGAAAAAAGAACUAGUUAAUUACGUAAUUAUAAACAGUCUGUGAUAUGAGGUGCGUUUUCUGUAACACAUUUAUGCAACGAAACAAGUAUAUUAUUAUAUAUUAAACAUCUUUUAGCAAGUAUCUUUCAAACAGCAUUGUUAAAGCAGAAAUAUUGAAAAUUUAAGCAUUUACUAAUCUUGUUAUACGAUGACCUAUUAUGUAACAA